UCGACGGAAACACCUCGACGCGCACGAGACACAUGGUACAUAAUUCGCGUGCUGUUUGGAGCGACGCGCAACUGAAAGUCCGUUCAUUCCGACACUGACAGCAUUUCAUCUCGCUCUCGCUGACUAUUGACUUUUAUGGACGAGGAAUUUACAGCUUCACACACCAAUAGCCUGAUUAAGGUGAUUUGAUGAAUUCAUACAGUAAACAAAGAGGACAGUGACAUUUCUUUGUGGUUCAGAAGCGCGGAGAUUCGGACAAGAAAGUUCGUGAAAAGCUGAGAGAUGCUCGCGGACUCGCACUUCUAUAAGGCGCGGUGUACAGUACGAGUGUUUUAAACCUUUACUGUGUGACAGUCAGUAAUUUACCUGCUUUUCACCUAGAUAAAUUCUGUAUUUCGUCGGAUAUCUGUUGCUCAAGAACUGCUUCAGCGACUCGCGUUUAGCAGGUUCUUUGUUUUGAUGCUCCCGUUUAUCCUUACGAAUCAGAGGUGUUGUUUAUCGAGUUUACCGGCGCCUCACGGGCUUCUGCAAUGCGAGACUACGGAUUCAACCCGCUUGACAUUUCUCUGGAAAGCCAGUUGACUGCCAAAUUGUCAUUGAAUCAAACUGAAUGAGCCGGACACCUGGACUGCCGAGUCGCAAGCUCACGGCCUAUUGAACACAUUAGCACCUGUCACAUCCGUCCAGCCAAGGUCAUCGCUCCUUCCCUUCAUUCUCCAUCCGGCUGUUAAACACCGAGUCCCGGCUCUCUGCUCUUCUAUAAUGGAGAGUCUAAGUGAGCUUCAGAACCCUCUUCUGGAUAAGAACAGCAAGCAUAUGGUGAUGGCAGACUAUGGCUAUGGAGGCGACUUCCACAGCAACCAGUAUCAGGAGAACAUAAUAAACUACUUUGUGACUGGUGGAGGAGGUGGUGGUGGCGGUGGAGGUGGUGGCGGUGGUGGUGGGGUCGCGGUAACAGGAGGAAACGGCAAGGCAAAAUCUCAGCUACUGGAUGCCACUUCGCUUCAUCUUGCGGUGGAGGCCUUUUACAAGCCUAACUUCAUCCUUUAUAAGGAUGAUGUGAGCGGCAAGGGUAAGGAUUACAAAAAUGAGUGCUGCGAGACCACCUUUAUGGAGAAGAAAGACAAGGACGUAGUGGUGGAGACCCCCAGUACAGAGGACCCACAGGCUAAACUGUUGGAUGAAAAUGAGGUGAAAAUCCAGACAGUUUCUUAUGAGGUGGAGGAAGAGGAAUACGUUGAAUAUGAGACGGACUGCUCCAGUGACAGUGAAAGCGAGGACAACUUCAUCGUCAUCCCUCCUCGUGAUCACCUGGGUCUUGCUAUCUUCUCCAUGCUCUGUUGCUUCUGGCCUCUGGGCAUUGCUGCUUUCUACUUCUCUCAGGGGACCAGCAAAGCAGUGACUAAGGGAGACUUUCCAUUAGCUAGCAUCGCAUCUAGACGAGCCUUGUUCCUGGCCGCUCUCUCCAUCACCAUUGGGACAGGGGUCUACGUGGGUGUAGUGGUGGCCCUCAUCGCAUAUCUGUCCAAACCAGGCCACAUCUAGCAGAACGCUCAGGAGAGGACUGCAAAACUCCACCAUACUACAGUACACAACCGUCUUUUUUUUCCAAAUGUCUCAUUCUCGUCCCUCCCCGUGGACCGCCUGUCCAGUCAGAGAAAAGGAUGAAGCAGAAGAACUGGGCACUUUAUCGCCUCAGUCAUAAUAUAUACAUGUACGCUUCACCUCGCGUCAAACCACACUGGAUGAAACCUAACUAAGUCUGAGAGCAGUUCAGGUGAAGAAUAUAAACUUCAGACAAAUCAGCAAUCCAAUUAACUGAACCCAAAAGGGAAAGUAUUCCAAGGGACACCAGGAAGGAUCAAAAGGGACUAAGUGCCCUUGGAUUUGUUUUUCUCUUCCCAAACUCUGCUUCGUUCCAAAUCUGAAAGAGAAAUCAAGCUGUUUCUGUUUCUCUCUCUCUCUCUCAUUACUUACUUAGUCCGAUAAACCCUGUAUGUGCGUUUGGCCCAAUUAAACCAGCACUGGUGAAUGCACCGACUGCAGGCUUUGAGCUCUGUUAAAAAGAACAGAACAUUUGCAUCCUAUGCUGGAGAAAUAACACAGCUUUGUAUGUUAUAAGCAAAUGUGGAGGUCAUACACAAACCUAAAUGCUAAUGAUCACAAUAUGGAUCUACAGGACGAGAAAAAGCUCUCCAAGACUAUGCGUUCCACCUCAAAUUCAUCACUACUUGUAUACACAGUCUAUAUGUCAUUCCUACUUUUGUAUUCCUGCUUUUUAGGUGCUUUAUGUUGUAUAUUCUUUGAAUUUGUAUUGUCAAAAGUCCAAACUUCAUUCUGAUCCAACAUAAGCAGCAAGGUUUACGUGAAGUUAGAAGAAAAAGAUGCAAGGAAAACAAGCGUUUAUGUUAUAUCACUGCAGAUUUGCUUGACUUUACCAGAUAAACUUUUGCUCCCGGGUGUCUGAACUGAGUAUAAAUGAAAUGACUGCACACACACGUAUGAAAUGGCGACAUGUCCUUUUACUCCCCAAAUGCAUCAUUUAAUGUCUCUUAUGAGUCGAAUACAAAAAUCAAUCAGGCUUGGCAUAACAGACGGUCAAAAAUGUUUGAUAUGCUCUCUUCAGAUCCUAGGAUGGAUGUUUGAACAAAAAGCCAGGUUUUGUUUUCAGGUGAAAGGGCCUCAGAUUGAAUCGAUUAAUAAUGUAUAGGAUGUCUGUAAGCUCACGGGCAUGAACGGGAACGCACAGGGGAUGUUGAGGUAAAGGUCGACUGCUCUAUUUCAACAACAAUGAAGCCUGCAUCUGGUGUAGUCAUCCGCAUAAGAACUUCAAAACAUGAAAACAAUGGCUUCUCCGGCGGCUAGGUUGUGAUUCGGGGCUUGAUUUGAAUUCCUCUGAUGGAGUACUCAGUCGGAACUUGGUGAAAUAAAAUUGGCCACAUACUGAAGUAGGAUUAGCCAAUUGUGUAUACACUCCUAAUUGCUUCCCGUGGCUAUUUGGAAUACCCAGUAGUAUUGAAUACACACGUUUUCAGGGUGAAGCCUUUUGGGGGCCAGAUUGACAAAACAUUCAAGUACAAUUUACUAUUUUCUUCCUUUCUAAAAGUUUGUUCUUGAUAUUCCCCCAAAAAAUACAUAACGUUCUUAGCUUUUUGUCAAAAGGAUGAAAAUUUUAAUUUGCUGAUAAUUUACUCACCCAAAGGCUAUCCAAGAUGUUCUUCAGUAGAAGAUUAAAGAGGAUUCUUAACCGAAAUUAUGGUCCUCGAGACACCUCCAAGGAAAUAUGUUAGGAGUGUUUGUUGAGUCUGUGGAUAAAAUACAAUAAUGUUCAGUGUCUUGCAAAGACUAAUCAUUGUGCUUCAUAAGACAUGAAUGUAUCAUCAGGAACAACUAGGGCUGGGCGAUAAGGCACAAAUGUGAUCUCGACAAUUAUUUCCCAUAUUGAACAAUAACAAUAUAUAUUUCUAUUUCAGUUGCUUAACAUCUUAAGGCCCAAGGUGUUUUUUACAUGCAUUUUUUAUUUCUCUUUGCUAUUUGGGCUUAUUGGAACCUAAUUAGAAUAAAAACUUAAGUAUCAUCUUUUGAUAUGAUGUACUUUUAGAGAAAGAUUAUGUCCAUAUAUGUGAACUCGUGGUCCGAAGUUACAUAAAACACUUUUUCCUGAAUUUUUUUAUGCAUAUUUAACAUAGAAUUUUUUUUAACUUGCUUUGACUAUCACAGAGUAAAAACAACAUUUUUUUUCCCAUUUUGGACUGUUAAAAAUAGUGUUUGGGACAUUUCAUAUGCUGCAAAACAGUUGCAGGAUGACACUGUAUGUCUGUAAAAAAAUAUAAAACAUUCAAAGUAUUUUAAACAGCCACUUAAGAGCUAAAAUGUGCUGUCUACGUAUGUGGACACUCAAGCCCUAGGAGGAUAAAAGAGUAUCCCAACAAUGAUUGAAGAUUAAAAAAAAAUUAGAGGGUCCAUUAAAUGGCAGAACAUAUUUUCUGCCGAUAACUUUUACAUAUCUAAUAUCAACUAGGGUUGGGCGAUGUCGACCAAUUUGGCAUCUUACGAUGUCUAAUGUGAAACAUCGCGAUGGACAAUGGCAUCGUCGUCAUAGGCGAAGGUGAAUGAUUUAUGAAUAAUUAAUUCAUAUUGAAUUAAUUAUUUGUAGCCUACAGUUUCAACUAUAUGACCCGCAUGCUCUUUGUUUUACCCAUAAACAAAUCAUAAAUAAAUCAAGAUAAGUUACACACAAAUUACAACCUGUCAAUCACUUUUUCCGCGAGACUCUGGCAUCAAUAGGCAGAGUGAUCUGUGUCGUUAUUAUGGCGUCCACAAACUUGAUCGGUAAAAAAGGUGCAUAACCAACAGUAUCUGAGGUUUUCACUAAAAUUACUAAGUACAAGGGUGAAAGCGAAAUAUAGAAGCAGUGUACUGACACUGUGACACAUUACCUGAUAGAUUAAAAAGACCACAGAGACAUUAGAUAGAGGCAAGAUGAAUUAAAUGUCACAUUUAACAACUAUAGUGAGACGCGAUCCAGAGGGAAAUCCUUGAUACCCUGUCCGACGUGCACUGCACUUUGUAGCUCAGACGAGCGCAUGACAGUGUGUGUAGCUAUGUCUGUGUCUGUGUGUGUAUGUGUGUGUCUGUUCAGAAAUGCUAGGUAAAACACAGUGUGGAUGUGGAUCAUUUUCGUUCUAAAAUGCCAUUUUAAAACUAAAAGCUAUUAGUGUAAACAGGGCCUAAGUGUGUAUUUUUCAAGAGCGGGUUUGCGACGGGGGCAGAUCGGUGAUGCUGGCUCAGCAUCAUGUUGUCUAUCGGUCAUUGGCGAUGGACAAUGGCAUCGUCUAUCGGCCCAACCCUAAUAUCAACAUACUUCUAGAUUCCCAAUGUUGCACAUUUCUGCUGUGUGAUUGGCUCUUAGAUCAAAAUGGAGUAAAAAAGUCCAGAGCUUAACAUUGUUAUUGACAUAAAUAUUAUCGCGAUUCGAUAUAAUAUUGUUUAUCGGCCCAACUCUAGGUUUAACAGGUAUUAGUAAGCUUUUGCCUGCCCGUUUUUGUGUCACCAGCCAUUGCAAUUUAUAAAUCACCAAGGAUCCUGGUUUCAGCUAAAAAGUCUUAUUUGAAGAAAGUCACAUCUUUGAUAGUCCGAGGGUAAGUUAACACCAAAUUCCAAACCAAAUCUUUCCAUUUAAGAUGCAGGACAAAACAUUAAAAAAAAACACCAUAAGUAACACCAUAAGUAACUUCUUAAAGUUAAGAUACCAUCCAACCUCCAUUAGACAAGCCUCAUGAGUUCGAAAGUUCGCAGUCAGAUAACAUUAACACCUGUCAUUUUAUUCUUAAGGCCAUGACACACCAAGCUAGAGUUGAAGAACUAGCAGCAAGAAAAGCAGACCUUUGUCUCCUCACGUCAGCUGCGUCUUAGCCAGAACCUGUGAUUGAUCACAAUAAAAGGACUACAGGUGACUACAAACUAGCACAUAAGCAUUCUGCACCUGCGUGUGAGGAAUUUUACUGUCUAUAUGAGCAAGGAUCAAUAUUCAGAAUUCCUCAUUCAUAAAGGGAUACCUAAACUAGGACUGCUACAGAUAAUUAAACAAAGCAGUGCUUUCUUAUCAUAUAUACUGAACACUUUCUUCGGUUAUGAUGAUGCUGUUUUUGAUUGAUGGCUUGGUGUGUCUUGUUGACCCUUAAGAACAUCUAUGGAUUUUUUUGUACAAUUUACUUUACUUUGAUGAAGGGGGUUAAAACUGUUACAAUGUUGUAAUUCAAUCUUGGUUUGGUUCGCCAAGGCAAUGUUUCUAAAUGAUCCAUUUGUUAUGUGCAGGUAAACACUCAUCUCAUUGGUCAGAAUAAAACCUGUUUGCAUACCAAUCAUCCAUCAGAAUGUA